GCGGUUGAGAAAUCUCGAACUCCCAUCGAUGCUGCAGGUUCACCAAUCAGUCUGUGAUGCCGACAUCUGAGCCACGCCGGAAAGUGACACAUCCGGCACCGGAUCCGGCAAAAAACCCGUACGGUCGCCGUGAAAAGUCCCUUGCAAUUAUUACGAAAGAAAACUGAAAGAACAAGCAAAGCUACCUUUUUAAAAAUAAUUUUAAAAAAAAAUUCUUGUUUUAAAAUUGCGACCCUUAUUUUUGCUUUUUCAGCCUUUGCUUUUGCUUUCGUUCUUCCAUCUACCCCGCUUUUUUAUUCAAAAUUCCUUUUCAAGCACGCUUUCCUUCCUCCGUUUAUAUAUGUCUUCUCGAUCUUCGAAUUCCCAACAGCUUUUAAAACGGGAAUUUCUCAGAUCUUUGAAGCUUUUUUUCGGAAGAUUUCCGCUCCAAGGAUCGGGUAGAGAAUGGAGAAAGAGAAGUCGAAGAUGGAGGACUACGAAGUGGUGGAGCAGAUCGGGAGAGGAGCGUUUGGAGCUGCCAUUCUCGUUCUCCAUAAAACGGAGAAAAGGAAGUAUGUCAUGAAGAAGAUUCGUUUGGCUAAGCAAACAGAGAAAUUCAAACGUACAGCACAUCAAGAGAUGGCUUUGAUUGCAAAGCUAAGGAAUCCAUACAUUGUCGAGUAUAAAGAUGCAUGGGUGGAGAAGGGUUGCUAUGUAUGCAUCGUAACAAGCUAUUGCGAAGGAGGAGACAUGGCUGAGAUGAUAAAGAAAGCUAGAGGAGCAUUUUUCCCCGAGGAGAAGCUCUGCAAAUGGUUGACCCAGUUGCUUCUAGCUGUGGAUUACCUGCACUCAAACCGCGUCCUCCAUAGGGAUCUCAAGUGCUCCAACAUAUUCCUUACAAAGGAUAAUGACAUCCGGCUUGGUGACUUUGGACUUGCAAAGUUGCUCAACACAGAAGAUCUUGCAUCCUCGGUUGUAGGCACACCGAGCUACAUGUGUCCUGAGCUUCUUGCAGAUAUCCCUUAUGGCUACAAAUCUGAUAUUUGGUCAUUAGGUUGCUGUAUGUUUGAAAUUGCCGCACAUCGACCCCCAUUUAGAGCUCCCGACAUGGCAGGAUUGGUGAGCAAGAUAAAUAGAUCAACCAUUUCUCCACUCCCCACAAUCUAUUCCUCUUCACUGAAACGGUUGAUCAAAAGCAUGCUGAGAAAAAAUCCAGAACACAGACCAACAGCAGCAGAGCUUUUGAGGAACCCUCAUUUGCAGCCAUACCUUGCUGAAUGCAGCAUCCCAUCCCCUUUCCUUCUUCCGAUAAAGAGUGUUGUUCCAAAUGAUUCCCGUGAAAAGCUAACUAGAAGCAGAUUUUAUAGGCAGCCACAUGGCAGCAAAGACAAUGGCAGUGGUGAGAUGAGACUAGAGAUAUCAGUUGAAUCAGGUGGUGGUAGAACGGGGACAAGAAAGGCUGAUGUGGAACCACAAAGGGGACCCACCAUUGAGAUGUCAGUACUCACCAUUCUCAAUGGCGAUAAUGUUGAGACCAAGAGAUUGAGUUCUCACGGUUCCUCAGAAGUCUCGAUGGUUGAUUUUAGUGGCCUGAAUGGUGGGCUUACAGAUGGUGAUCCAACAGUUUGCAAUGGAGAAGAGCAAACAAAACCAGACAAUGCAGAACAAAUGGAAACUGUAGAUGCUGAACCUGUCCCAGGGCCUACACUAACUCCUCACAGAGACGAAGAACAGAAGCAUACACCAAAAUUGUCAAAACAAAUGGAAACUGUAGACGCUGAACCUGUCUCAUCAGGGCCUACACUACUUCCACAUGGCGACGAAGAACAGAAGCAUACGCUGGAAUUUUCGGAUCAAAUCCAGAAGGCUAAUGAUGAAAUAGAAAUUGCUACUGCAGAUAAUGCGACCGUGAAGCGCGAGACAGUAACUAUCAAUGGAGGUGGUGUGGAGAGUGCUCACCCAAGCUACCAUAGAUGGGUAGAAUCGAAUGAAGAUCAAACAGCUGCGCUCCCUGCAGACAUGCCAUCGCCAGCAGUUUUGCCCACUCCCUGCGAAGAUGAAGAGGCAUCCAAUUACCCUAAUCCUAGUUGUUUAGAACAAAUGGAAAAAUCCAAUAAGGAUCCAACAGGUGGUCCCACAGAAAUGGGAACACUCACAUUCCUUGGUGGGGAGGAAAUGAUCUCCAAAAAGGACAAUUUCAACGGUAAUCGGCAGAGGACAAGAAGUGAUGCUGAUGAAGUAGGUGGUGCCACCGAGGAUGCCUCCUCCAUCAGUACACUGACUGCUCUGCAUGGAGAUGACACACAUGCCGAAUGGGAUAAUCUGAGCUGCCUCCAGCAAAGGGCUGAUGCUUUAGAGUCUCUGCUCGAGUUAUGUGCACGCCUGCUUCAGCAGGAGAGGCUGGAUGAGCUUGCUGGUGUGCUGAGACCAUUCGGGGAAGAAGCUGUCUCAUCCAGGGAAACAGCAAUCUGGCUGACAAAGAGUCUCAUGGCUGUACCCAAAUCCGGAGGGGGAAGCCAGAUUUGGAAGAGUAACGAUAUCAAGUAGCAUCACGGCACCUUAGAGUUUGAUUGUGGGCACUGUAUGCUGUAUUCCCCAGCUCCACAUGGCCCAUAUUUUCGGUUUUUGUAAAGCUCUUUAUAUUUAUUUAUUUUUUUUAAAUUGCUGCCAGGAAAACGAAUUGAAAUCACA